CUUCCCUCCCUCGGGAUGUCUCUGCUCUGGCUGACCUGCUUCUGCUUUUCUUUCCUCCUGCCUGCAGCCCUAGGCACCUCUAGGAGAGAAGCCUGUGAGUGUAAUGGGAAGUCCAGGCAGUGUGUCUUCGAUCAAGAGCUGCAAAGGAGGACAGGGAAGGGACUCCGUUGCCUCAACUGUAAUGACAAUACAGCUGGUGUACACUGUGAGAAGUGCAAGGAUGGAUUUUACCGCCAGAGAGACAGAGACCGCUGCUUGCCUUGCAAUUGCAACACCAAAGGUUCUCUUGGCUCAUGGUGUGAUAACCAUGGACGAUGCAGCUGUAAGCCAGGUGUGAUGGGAGACAGAUGUGACCAAUGCCAGCCAGGAUUCCACACUCUCACUGAAGCUGGUUGCACCCGAAAUAGACAACCAAAAAAUUCCAAAUGUGAUUGUGAUCCAGCAGGUAGUACAGGGAGCUGUGACUCAGGUCGAUGUAUCUGCAAAGCUUCGGUCACUGGAGAACGCUGUGAUAGGUGUCGGCCAGGUUACUAUCAUCUGGACAGAGGCAACCCUGAAGGAUGUACCCAGUGCUUCUGCUACGGCCACUCAGCCACCUGCAGCAGUUCUGGGGUUUACAGUGUCUACAAGAUCAGUUCUACUUUCCAUCGAGAUGCUGAUGGCUGGAAAGCUAUCCACAGAAACAGAGCCCCUGCACCGCUUCAAUGGUCCCAACGGCACCAUGAUGUGUUUAGCAUGGCCAGGAGAUCCGACCCUAUUUAUUUUGUGGCUCCUGCCAAAUUUCUUGGGAACCAACAGGUGAGUUAUGGUCAGAGCUUAUCUUUUGACUACCGUGUGGACCGAGGUGGGAGGCACCCUUCUGCCCAGGAUGUAAUUCUGGAGGGAGCUGGUCUUCGUGUCUCAGCCCCUUUAAUGCCGCUUGGGAAGACAUUGCCGUGUGGAAUCACCAAGACAUACACAUUCAAACUGAAUGAGCAUCCGAGCAGCAAAUGGAGUCCUCAGCUGAGUUAUUUUGAGUAUCGCAGGUUAUUACGGAACCUGACAGCCCUUUGGAUCAGAGCUACAUAUGGAGACUAUAGCACUGGAUACAUUGAUAAUGUGACCCUAAUAUCAGCUCGUCCCAUAUCUGGGGCCCCAGCACCCUGGGUUGAAAGAUGUGUAUGCCCUACUGGGUACAAGGGACAAUUCUGCCAAGAAUGUGCCCCCGGAUACAAAAGAGAUUCUGCCAAGCUUGGACCUUUUGGGAGUUGUAUACCGUGUAAUUGUCAAGGUGGAGGAGCCUGUGACCCAGACACCGGAGAUUGCUACUCAGGGGAUGAAAACCCAGACAUUGACUGUGCUGACUGCCCCAUUGGUUUCUAUAAUGAUCCCCAGGACCCCCGCAGCUGCAAGCCAUGCCCUUGUCAGAAUGGCUUCAGCUGCUCUGUGAUGCCCGAGACAGAGGAAGUGGUCUGCAAUAACUGCCCGCAAGGGAUCACUGGUGCUCGCUGUGAGCUCUGUGCUGAUGGCUACUUCGGAGACCCCUUUGGUGAAAACGGUCCUGUGAGGCCCUGCCAGCCCUGUCAGUGCAACAACAAUGUUGACCCCAGCGCACCCCGGAAGUGUGAUCACUUGACAGGGGAAUGUUUGAAAUGCAUUUAUAACACAGCCGGCUUCCAUUGUGACCAGUGCAAAGAAGGCUACUUUGGGAAUCCUCUGGCUACCAAUCCAUCGGACAAAUGUCGAGCUUGCAAUUGCAACUCAGUGGGAUCUGAGCCUCAGAGGUGUCGAAGUGAUGGGAGCUGCAUCUGCAAGCCAGGAUUUGGGGGCAUCAAUUGUGAUAUUUCAGCAUUAACCAACUGUCCAACCUGCUACAACCAAGUGAGGAUUCAGUUGGACCAGUACUUGCAGCAGCUGCAGAGUUUGGAGGCUCUGGUUUUGAAGGCGCAGGCUGGUGGUGGGUCCCUACCCAACGCAGAACUGGAAGGCAGGCUGAAGGAAGCAGAGGGGACCCUUCAGGACAUUCUGAGAGAAGCUCAGAUCUCUGAAGGCUCGGGUAGGUCCCUGAAGCUCCGCCUGGACAAGGCAAGAGCCCAAGAGGCCAACUACCAGUCACGACUGGAUGAGCUCAAAAUGACUGUGGGCAGAAUGCUGGCCCUGGGGAAUCAGUAUCAGAGCCAAGUCCAGGACACCCGGAGGCUGAUUGCCCAGUUGAGAUUGAACUUGGAAGAGAGCAAAACAUCUCUAAGUAACACUAAUAUUCCACCUUCAGACCAGUAUGAAGGACCAAACAGCUUUAAAACGCUAGCCCAAGAGGCUUGGAAGUUGGCAGACAGUCAUGUAAAGUCAGCUAAUGAUAUGGAACGACUGGCCGGGGAAACCAGGGAUCACUCUAACCAAGCCUUGGAACUGGUUCGCAAAGCCAUGACGGAAGGAGUGGGAAGCGGCAGUGUGGACAGCUCUGUGGUGCAAGGCCUGGUGGGAAAAUUUGAAGAAGCCAAAUCCCUGGCCCAGCAGUUGCAGAGGGAGGCCAGUCAAGCUGGCACUGAAGCAGAAAGAUCUUAUCAGCAGAGUUUGCGCCUCCUGAACUCAGUACCUCAACACCCGGGGAUCACUAACCAGGCCUUCCAGGUGGAAACCAAGAGGAUCAGACAGGAGGCUGACUCUCUGUCGAGCCUGGUAACAAGACACAUCAAUGAGUACAAGCAUUCGCAAGAUCGCCUGGGAAACUGGGAGGAAGAAACCCGGCAGCUGUUACGGGACGGAGAGAAGGAGAGACAGAAAUCGGAUCAGCUGCUUUCCCGUGCCAAUCUUGCUAAGAGCAGAGCCGAAGAGGCCCUGAGCAUGGGCAAUGCUACUUUUUAUGAAGUUGAGAGCAUUUUAAAAAACCUCAGGGAAUUUGACCUGCAGGUCGAGGAUAGGAAAACAGAAGCAGAAGAUGCUAUGAGGAGACUCUCCUUUAUCAGUCAGAUGGUUGCAGAUGCCAAUGACAAAACAGGGCAGGCAGAGAGGGCCCUGGGCAGCGCUGCUGCAGAUGCCAGGCGGGCAAAGAGCAUGGCCGGAGAGGCGCUAGAGAUCAGUGAUAAUAUCGAGCAGGAGAUCGGGAGAUUGAACUUAGAAGCUAACACAACAGCAGAUGCUGCCUUGGCACUGGAGAAGGGAAUGGCCACUCUGAGCAGUGGGAUCCGGGAUGUGGAGGGAGAGCUUGGAAGGAAAGAGCUGGAGUUUGAUCAAGAUGGGAACGCCAUGCAUAUGGUGAUUCAGGAUGCCCAAGGGGCUAAUUCCAGAGCCCAAAAUGCAGGAUUUACCAUCCAAGAUACACUAAAUGCCUUGGACAGCAUCCUGAGUCUAAUAGACCAGCCCAGCAGUGUGGAUGAAGAAGGGUUAAUUUUACUAGAACAGAACUUCAGAAAAGCCAGACACCAGAUCAACACCAAGCUUCGGCCCUCGAUGAAGGAGCUGGAGGACAAAGUUCGUGAGCAGAGAGGCCGCCUCCGACGCCUGGAGGCCAACAUCGAUGGGAUCCUGGCUGACGUCAAGAACCUGGAAGAUAUUCGCCACAAUCUGCCUCCCGGCUGCUAUAACACCCAAGCUCUUGAGCAGCAGUGAAGCCGAAGCCGUCCCAGAGAUUUCUCCUCCUUGAUUCUCAGGUCACAGACCCCAGAGUUCAGGGCGCAGCACUGGUCAGGGUCGGGGUGGGAGAGGCACAAUUAGACUCAAUUGAACUAGUCUUGCUCAAGUCGACUGACCCUGAUCCCAGUGCUGUGACUGGAGCCAGCCAGAGGUCUGGCUGUAUGUGUGUGAUCCUAUUUACUUCAUCGUGUUGGAUAAUGAAUCGAAUGGCAUCACAUCGGGAGACUGAUUGAGCAGCCAGGACCCCGGGAUAGUUUUGGGGGGAGGAUUAGCACAUGGCAAAAUGGCCAAAUCAGAACAGCAAGGCCAUAGUUAGCGAGGGAGGAGCAAAUUGGGCUUUGCCUAAGGGCAAAAAUAUCCGGAGGGAGAGGGGGCCCCAAUUCACAAUGAUUACCA